GCGAACGUGCAAAACGUCAAAGUUUAUGUCUGCAUGAGGAGGAAGCAACAAACGCGCGUACCAUGGACAAAUUAGCAAUAUUUAAGUUGUUAUUUUUCUUAUAUUUAUGUGGACAACAAUCUACUGAGGCAACAAAAUUGAACUUUCCUCGAGUUCUGUUGCCCAUCUUUGAUAAAAUCUCUAUAAACUUCACUUUGCAAGUUAGUGAAAAAGGAUGCUAUAAAUGGACUUCCUCUCGGCAGGAUUUAAUUCUAAUUACACCGCUGUAUGAAGAUGCUGAUGACAAUGAGUGUUCCUAUGAAGCAACAGUAACUGUUUUAACACGGGAACGUAGGCGAAACACCGCAAUCGUUCUGGCUGAAAAUGUAGCCACUGGUGAUUCGCUGCGGUGCGACGUUAUUUUGGAUGUUAUCGAUCGUCUUGGUGUUGAGACAACAACGCGUCAAUUAUAUUUAGAGGAAGCACCGGAAACUUUUGUUCUACAUGCGGAAGAUACACAAGGCAAUGUAUUUACUACUCUGGAAGGUGUUGAAUUUAACUGGGUAAUAUCCUCGCUGAAUAAGGACAGUAAGGAUUGGUCGUCGGCUUUAAGAUUUUUAACAUUCACUGAAAGUCCCUACCAUGAAGUUCCUAAAGCAUUGGAGAAAUUUGAAGCACAGGGUCUUAAGGGAUACAUGGUGCUAUUAGAAGGCAUUAAUACCGGAACAGCAAAGGUUACUGUUAAUCUUCCGUAUACAGAGUAUGGCUAUGUUCGACCUAUUGUAGUAUACAUCAAUGUUUUGGCCAAUAUUAUUUUGGAGCCAUCAGAUGUCUAUGUUUUACCAGGCGACACUAUCAAUUUCCGCAUCUUGCAAUUAAAAACUGGCAAAUUGCAAGAGAUUUCUCUAAACAAUCAGUAUUUCUUAGAAAUCGAAGACGUUAACAUCGCCAGCAUGAAGGGCGUUUCAGCCACGGGACUUAAAGCUGGCACCACUAUGGUUGUGUUGCGUGAUCGCAAUGUUCCCAACGAUGGUAGCAUUACGGGCGACAGCGAGGCCAUGAAAAACGCUGUGCCAAGCGCACGUUUAACAGUUGCCCAUCCCAAAAAAUUAGGUUUGAGCUUAUUGCCACAUAACAAUUGGAUAACCGUUGAAGGAGAAAAACACGAAAUUGCAGUGGAUUUAUUCACACACGAUGACCAUAAAAUUACUUUAGGGUCCCGUUACUCAGUAAAUUCUGAAUUGGACGAGUCUCUGUUUUUUAUACAAAAGCGUAGCAAGAAUGGAUCCCGUCUAUAUGGCGAAGCCAUAAGGGAGGGUAUUACACCAGUAUACGGAACUUUCAAAGAUUUGACCGCCCAAGCUGAAUUACAAAUUUACGGUGAAUUAACAUUAUCACCUGCCAAAGUGAUUUUGCCCUUUGAUCCCAAUAUUGUCAAGACCCAAAGAAUUCAAUUCCAAGCCAAGGGUGGUGACGGUUCUUACGUUUGGAUGUCCCAUCAGCCACGUUUCUUGCAUAUAACACAAAAUGGUCUAGCCACUACCGUAAUAAGGGAUUCAAAUGUCAAGGGUGGUCUUGAUACCUACGAUGGGGCUACUGGAACCUUGUUGACUGCACACGCCCACAUUAAAGUGGCCUUGGCAAAAAAUCAGAAAAUUUCACGACAAGCGGAUGUGUACUUUGUGCCACCAGUCAAAUUACAAAUUGUAAAAUAUAACUUUGAAACAGCUCUAAAGGAUUACGUUCAAUUGCAUGUAGCAAUUUAUGCAUAUGUCAAUAACACACUUAUGCCGCUGACAAAAUGUGAAAAUCUUGUCUUUGAUUAUGAGUUUUCCAAUCAAAUAUUCCAAGUUGAUUACAACGCAGCCUCAGCGACAGCUUCAGAAUUGGCUCCUGAGGCUUGUCAGAUUGUGUAUUUGCGCAGCACAGCAAUUGGACUUACCCACCUUAAAUUAUCGUACAAAUUUCGGGAAAAACUUUUAAAAGACGAAGUAACCCUGAGUGUCUUUGAUCCAUUAACUGUCCUUAAUCCGUCAGAGAACCACGUUGUUCUCCCCAUUGGCUCAUCGCGAAAUGUCAUUUACACAAAUGGUCCCCAGAAAAUAUACACACUGGAAGCUGAGUUGACCAAAGGUGUCGAUUACAACCACAACAUUGCUAGGGUCUCUGAAAUUGAAUUUGACACACAGAACAAUAUGUAUGCCUUUACUGUGUUGUGUAGAGAAGUUGGCGAGACAUCUUUGGAAUUCAAUGUUUUCAAUGCAUUGCUUACACCGAAUUUCCAGCCAUAUCACUCCAAAAUAACCACCAACAUUUAUUGUGUGAAACCAAGAUUUCUUAAUUUAUACACACGGGAACAACUGCGAUCAUCGUGUCCAUUAGAAAUGAGAAAUGCUUUGCUACAGCUUAAGGAUCAAGAUGACAAAUUUGAAAUCGAAAUUGAGGUUCAAGAUGCUAAAAAUCGUAAGCUGAUGAAUAUAACUUCAUUAUUUAUUGAUUGGGAGUUUGCAGCUGGGGAGCAACGUUACCAUAGUGGUGCCAUUAUACACCAUCGGCAAGCCGAAGAAGAAUACUUGGAAGGUAUUCGUCUUCCCGGCAAGGAUAUUUUGGUAACCCAGCUGAAUGAAGUGGCACAAAAUUUCCGUAUCAAAGGUGUUGUAACAAAAUAUGAUGAACUGGUAUUGCGAAAACAAAACAUAUAUCCAGAAGAGCCUCCAUUCGGUAUCAAAAAUCCCAAAACUGGAGAAAUUGUAACCCCCCUUAUUGAAAAUGAAAUUCGUUUUAUGACGGUCAAUAGUACAUUCUUCCCUUCGGAUCACAUCAGCAUUUUCUUGGCCAAGGGUCGUCGUGAACGCAUACCAAUGUCUCAAGGUAGUGGUUUCUAUGAUUUUCAACUAUCGGAAUCAGGAAUAGUCAAAGUGGAAUUCGAUAACAAGGAAAAAGAAUUGAUUGUUUCCCCUCUACGAAUUGGCCAUACUCGUCUUGAAUUGAUUGAUCGCUGCUUAAUGAAUGAACCUGCUCAUUUAUCCAUCUCGGUGGUAAGCCUUGGAAGUAUUCGUGUGGAGGUUCCGGAUCGAGUGGAGCGCACAAAGUCUAUAGAAGCAAUUGUUAAAUUGUAUGACUCACAUGAUAACCUGUUAAAUAUUGAUCCAUUUAAUUUACAAAUUUAUGAAUUGACGGAAGAAGUCUUUAAUUCGAAUAUAUUAAGUCUUCAAUUGGGAGAACAAGUCGAUUUGGGAAUUGGAGAAAUUAGAUAUAUUAUAACAGGUAAUAAUUUAGGUGAAACUAAAAUAGUUUUCAGUUCCGGCAGCGGGGAGAUAUUGGUAUCCAGUGAGCCAGUAAAUGUUCAAGUAUUCCCUCCUUUACGUUUGUAUCCACGCAACACUACACUGGUUGUAGGUUCAAGUGUUCAAAUUUACUACCACGGUGGACCACAUCCAGAUGUAAACAUAGUCUACCAUGUGCACGAUCAAAAGGUUAUAAGCAUGGAAUCAGCCAUAGUAACUGCAUUUAAAUUGGGCGAUACUAAAAUUACUGGAAAAUGUGUAAUGACAAAUCCUAUCAAUGGCAAAGAGGUUGUAGUUUCCGAAGAUACUGUGGAUGUACAUGUAGUACCUUUGGUCAAUAUACAAAUUAAAACACCACUGGUUCGUAUUCGUAGUGGUGCAGUUAUGCCAGCUUAUAUAUGGGGUUCUCCCGAUUUAUCGCCCAUGGUAUUGGGUACAUUGUCAAAUAUGCAUAUAACAUGGUCAACUAAUCAACCCGACGUGAUUAACAUUUACAACAUUUUUGCUGAUGCUGGCAUUGAAUAUUCGGACACAGAUCUCAUUUCUGUUCGCGUUAAAGCCUUAAAUCCCGGCAAGGCAAAAAUCCAGGCAACAGUUCAAUUACCGGGUGGACAGAAAAUUUCUACUUUUGUCGAAGUAGUCGUUUUCAAACAACUUGAACUGGAAUCCCCAAAACACAUAACGACGGAUACAAUUCUGCUAGCACCACGUAGCUCCAUUCAAUUGAAAGCGAACUUAGACGAUGUCCUCUAUAGACUGUCCAGCGAUAGCAAUGCAAUAGUGAAAGUGACACCAGAUGGCAUUGUCCGAACACAAGAGACUCUGGGCCGAGAUUUAGUCAUUGCGAAAACAUUUGAUCAAACUUUAGCUAUCGGCAUUGAGGUUAAGAAUGUCCAAUACAUUAUGGCCGCGCUGGUGUAUCCCACAAUCAAACUAAAGAAUACCGAAGAGAGAAUUCCACGUGGCAUGAAUUUCGUGCUGAAAGUUUCGUUGCAUGACAAUUUAGGCAAUGAAUUCUCGCACAAUAUCGAAGAUGUCAACGGCUUGAAAUAUGAUUUAUCUCAUAAGGACAUUGUGGAUGUUCAAAUUGGCAAUAACUUAACUGUUGCGAUAAAUCUGCCACGUGAAACGAGCAACAUGAUUGCCAUAAGUUUAAAGGAUGCUACGGGAGUUAAGCAUGCGGAGGAUUAUAUCAAACUGUCAGUUGGCGAUUCCAAGCAUAUUUAUCCAACUAAGACAAUUUUCUCUGUCGGUGAUAUUAUAUGCUUUGAUUCUCCGCUGCCAUUGUCAUCGAUUUGGAUGAGUUCGGAUGAACAAAUUAUCGCCAUCGACAGUCGAACAGGAGUUGGCAGAGUACUUGGAAAUCGUUAUAAAUUGGGCGAAAAAGUGCUCGUUACCAAUGGCGAUAAGGCAAGCGGCAAUUUUAUAAAAUAUGAUGUUGAAGUUCGUGAUGCCGAUGUGAUACAAUUUGAAAAAUCCUAUGAUAUAUUCAGUGGAUCCCUUUAUCGAGGACAUUUUGUUGUUCGCAAUCACUUGCAAGUGGAUAAAUUUACAAAUUUGGUGGCCAAGAAUAUUUCAAAAUGUUCGACAUUGCUGGAGAAAAUUCCUGUGAAAUUAUUCACUUGCGUUCUUAAAUCCAAACAAACUUUGGGUCAAAAACUAUUGGAACAUUACAAGGUAACACCAAUAUUUGAGGCUGAGACGGGUCGCUAUGCCUGUCAAAUUGAUUUGAAGACAACGUUCAAUGAGAUUCUGUCUAUUGUCAAAACCAAUGACAUUCACUUUGAAAUGGAGGUAUCUCUGCCCAAUGGUCUGACCGAUAAUAUCUCACUUAAGUUUGUUCCCGGCAUUAAAGUUACACCCGAAGCGUUUGCAUCUGAAAAUGAUGCAGCUGAACAGGAUUUAACAAUAACUGGCCUUGAUAAAGUCUUGCAAAAAGUUGAGGUUAAAACUUCGGAUCCCGCAUUUUUGAAAGUGUCCGUUCACACAAAAGCUCAUGGCUCUAUUCAGUAUAAAAUAAAAAUUUUGAAACAACUGCCAUUGGAUGAGCAAAUAUUCGUCCAGGUUGUUUCGCCAUCAACAAUGCAAGAUAUCCAGAUUCCCGUCCUUGGCUCAACAACGCUGCAGAAGUGCUCCAGUAAGCCAUUCAAUACGUCAUCGGCCUUCAUGGUUAAAUUAUUGUCAAAUAUUGGCUUAAUUGUUGUUGCCAUUGUGAUUCUGGCCGCUACUGUUUGGUUGUAUUUAUAUUUGAAUCCUUCAAGUGGCAGCACUCAAAUAAACCCAGACGGUAAGUAGAGUUUAAUUAACAAUUUCCCCAC